AUGAUGCACAUGUGGCUAUGGUUCGGCUACGACCUCGGGGAGUUCAUGUUCUCCGGGCUGAACAUCACCUCGCGCUGGUCUUUCGCCAUCACCUGGAUAGUGCUGUUCUUUGUGGCAUUGCUCUUCGAAGGGUCCAAGGUAUAUUUAGCGAAGGUGCAGCGCGCGGCCCAUAAAAAGCUGUAUCCAUACAGGUCGGAUGAGAGGCGGAACCUCUUAUGUGAUAGGGAACAGGGCAGCAUGGAGCCGACAACCAGCCGGAACGCCAGCUCUGGGCAAGUCAGCAGAUGGGCGUCACUUAGAGUACGCGCGUUAGUGAACACGUAUCAGUCAGUGGUGUUCCUGCUACACAACGUGGUGGGCUACCUGCUCAUGUUGGCCGUGAUGGUCUACAAUGUGCAUCUGCUACUCGCCGUGGUGUUCGGAAUGAUGCUCGGCUACUUCCUGUUCGGCACGAAGCUGACGCGGCUCCAGAUGCAGUGCUUCAGCAGAAAGCGAGUGGUCAUCUGCACGCCGGAGUGCGAUGAUACCGCCGAGAAUACAACUCCGCCUCUACUGGACUCCUCGAUGAGUUCAGAGUCCGACUUCUUCAUCUGCCAGACUCGCACCUGCAUCCAGCCCUCACACUACUUCCCCGCUUCCUCACAAGAGGGCAGUACCAGCGAGCAGAACGCCACCUGCUUCUACGGCGCGAAGAAAUGCCCCUCAAAGGUAGCUAGAGCUAAGAAAAUUCAGGCUUCCACAUCACACUGCCAUCACGAGAGUGAGAAAGAAGAUAGUCCUAGUGUAGAAGAUGUGCAGCUACUCCGGACGGAGCGACAAGGUUGCUGUAAGAAGAAGCAAGAGCCUCCACCCGAGGAGAAGUGUUGUAAGAAGGAAACGACGGUGAUAGUCCACGAGCCCAGCCAGGGCUGCUGCAAGGACGAGAGCCCGGAGGAGCCGCGCCAGGACGCGCGCGAGAAGAGCCCGCAGAUCACCUGCUGCCACAACGCCAAGUCCGCGCCCAGCGACAGCCAGGAACAGAUCAUCAAGUGA